AUGGCUAAGAGAGUUGCAGAUGAACAGAUAACAAAAGAUGGAUUUGAAGGGUCUUCUGAUGGAGAUGAUGCCCCACAAGGUCCAGUACAAGCAUCUAAUGAUGUUUUAUCAAAAAGAAAGAUUCUAAAACCACGUGGUAGAUUAGGAACUCAACCAAGUGGAUCAAGUGGAUUUAAUGGAUUUUCUAAUGUUCAAAUGCCACAAUCAUCUCUGUUUUCAUUUGGAAAUGGAAAUGGAAAUACUACUACUGCUCCAGCAUCUAAUCCUUUUGGUUCUUUAAAACAACAAGGUUCAACAACUAUUGUAUCUAAUGAUGAAGAAGAAAAGAAUAAUAAAAUUAGAGCAUUGAAUGAGAAUUUUGUUAAAGCAGUUAAUAAAUUGAAUGUUCCUAAUACUAUUGCUGAUUUUACAACAAUUGCUCAAAAAUAUAUUGAUUAUUAUAAAAGUAUAUCAAAUGUAAAACAACCAUUACCAGUAAAACCACAACAACAACAACAACCUCCAACAGCAACUACAAGUACAUUUCAAUUCAAACCAAGUGUUCCUUCUACUACUACUACCACUUCAUCAACUCCGAUGUUUUCAUUUAAACCACCUGUUCAAGAAUCAAAACCAGCAGUUCCUUCUUCUACUGCUGUGAAUGCACCAUCAAAACCAAUGUUUUCUUUCAACCCUCCAGCAUCUGCAUCAUCUACAACAACAACAACAACAGAAAACUCAAGUGCUUCUACAACAGCAAAUGUUCCAUUAUUUUCAUCAAAACCAGCACCAUCAGUUGAAUCCAAUACUAUAAAGAAGGAUAAAUCUGAUUCUGAAUCUGAUUCCGAUGAUGAUGAUGAGGUAGAAGAAAAGAAGGAUAUUAAAGUUGAAGGACCAAAAUUCACCCUUGCCACUAAACCAACAGUUAAGUCAUCACCAUUUACUUUUGAUCCUAAGAAAUUAGCUAAAAAGAAUGCCCCUGAUUCAGAUGAUCUGGAAGAUGAAAUUGAAAUUAAAGGUCCUACUUUUCAAUUUAAUAAACCUAUUAAAGACAGUGUUUUCAAAUUACCUACUACAGAUUCAUCUAAACCAUUUACUUUUGGAGAAAAGAAAGAAGAUAAUAAUAAUGAUAAUGAUACAAAGAAACCACAAAAUGCAUUCUCAUUACCUUCUACAUCAGACAAAAAGGAAGAACCAAAACCUUUAUUUGGUUUAAGUAAACCUGAAGAUAAACCUGAAGUUGCAAAACCACUGUUUACUUUUGGUAAACCAGUCGAAGAAGCUGCAAAACCACUGUUUACUUUUGGUAAACCAGUUGAAGAAGCUGCAAAACCUGCUUUUACAUUUGGAUCAGCAUCAAAAUCAACUGAUGCCAAACCUGCAUUUUCAUUUGGAACUCCAGCUGCUACCACAACCGAAAACAAACCAGAUACAAAAGAGUCUUCUACUAAUACUACCACACCAAUGUUUAAAUUUGGUGCACCAUCCACUACUAGUAGUACCAGCACUCCGUCUUUUAAUUUUAAACCACAACCAACUGCAACUGCAACUGCAACUGAUGCAUCAGCUAAAGCUGAAGGAGAUAAAGCUUCAUCAGCACCAACAACAUCUUUGUUUGGAGCUGUAAGUUCUGAUAAACCAGCAUUUUCUUUCAAUAGUGGUGCAUCUAAACCAUUUACUUUUGGUACCCCUUCAAAUUCUGAACAAAAAACUGAAUCUACACCAACACCAGCAUUUAAUUUCAAUACUUCAUCAUCAACAGCAACAAGUACAUUUGGACUGAAUAAACCAACUUUUGGAUUUUCAUUUGGUAAAACAGAUGAUAAAAAACCAGAAUCUAAAGAAACUGCCACGGCAGCAAGUGAACAACCUCAACAAGAAGAAAAAGAAGAAGAAACAGGAGGUAAUUUUACUCCAAUUGCUAAAUUAUCAAAUGAAAAAAUUGAACAAACAAAUGGAGAAGAAAAUGAAAUUGUUAAAUUUACAAUUCGUUCUAAAUUAAUGGAAUUUGAUUCAAAUAAUAAAGAAAAUCCAUAUAUUAAUAAAGGAUUAGGAGAAUUGAAAAUUUUAUAUAAUGAAAAAACUGCAAAAUCAAGAAUAUUAAUUAGAUCAGAUGGUAGUUUAAGAAUUUUAUUAAAUACUUUAAUUUUGAAAAGUAUAAAUUAUGAAUCUAUUGGUAAUGGAUCAUUAAUUAGAAUUCCAACUAUUGAUCCUAAUGAUGCUUCAAAGAUUAUUACAUAUGUUGUUAAAGUUAAAACAGCUGAAAAUGGAUCUGAACUUUUAAAAACAAUCAAUGAAUUAAAGUAA